AUGGGCGCCAGCUGGAUGAUGCUACGACGAUGGCUGCCGGCAGCGUGCGCCGCGCUGCUUAUUGUCGCGGAGCUGAGCUGCGCCUCCAAUGAAGACAUGGGUGAAGAUUUCAGCCCACAAGACGGACUUUACGAAAGAUGCAUAAGAGAAGAUGACCGUGAAGGCAUGUGCGUCCCCCCACAUCUCUGUUACGAAAACUACACGCUAGCCACUGGUGGCGUCAUUCUGACGUACAAUCUCAGGGACGGCAGUGUUAAACGAGAUUGUCCUAAGUGGAUGUGGUGUUGCACGAACGACACCGCGCCACCACAGAAAACUCUACCUGAUACUCCAGGAUGUGUUAGAGUCUACCCGGAAGAAGUUACUGUAUGUCCCUGGUGUGUCGCUUUAUAUCGGCCGGGCGGCGACGUGUCGCGCGGUCAACGUACGGAGUCGGGCCUGUACUGCGCGGGCGCGCUGGUGGGCGCGCGGGUGGUGCUAACGUCGGCCACGUGUGUGCGCAGCGCCGGCGCGGAGGCCACGUGGGCGCGCGUGCCCGCCUCCGCUGCGCCCGCGCGCCGCUACUCCGUCCUGCAGAAAAUAACCCACGAGAAUUACAGCACUGGCACACAUGCAAACGACUUCGGACUUCUUGUUCUAAACGAGGACGUGCAGUGGGAUGAAGGGCCAGAUCUUUCAAAAGGAGCGUGUAUAGGCCUUCAGUCGCAGCUAAACGGCCCUUGUUAUGCCGCUGGAUUUAACAUGUUAGAAGAUAUAGUGAUGGCGGAGGUGUCGGUUCGCAGCGGCAACUGCCGGACACGUCGGCGGGGGACUGACAAAAGUGUCGACGUGGCGUGUGGCGCCGCCAUCGACAUGCCGUGCCCGAUAGUGCCCGGUGCGCCAGUCGUCUGCCCCACCGUCAGUGAUGAGCAGGGUGGGCUAGUGAUCGCUGGCGUGGCACGACAAGCCUGUCAAGACGGAUCGGCGAAGCUAGGAAAGAUAGAGGUGCACGCGCAGUGGCUUGAGCUGCAGCUGCAGCGGCUCGGAGUUGACUCAGAUAAUUACAUGGGGUAG